AUGGGCUUCGAUAUUUGUAUGCGCUCCAUAGCCGUAGCUGGCAAAGCUAUGGGAAUGAGCAAUUCUAGAAUUACGGAAAUCACUGGCCUUCCGAAAGGCACAAUCAAUGCGACAUACAGAAAGGCCCUGGAGCGAGGUUUUGAUCCGGAUACUGUCCCCUGGAAUCUCUGCGAUGCCAUGCUAGCCGAUGCCCCUCGUUCCGGCCGGCCGAGAAAGCAAGAACCCAAAGACCCGAUUACUCCCGAACUCACGUCGUGA